AUGGACACCUCGUCCACUGCCAGACGCAAGUCAACCGCAUCUUCAGUGGCCGCUUCCGGGACCGAAACUCGGCCGCGACGUGUCAGGCCCUCCCGAGCUCGCGGACUGCGGACAUCCACCGGCUGCUUGACCUGCAGGAGGAGGCGCAUCAAAUGCGACGAGGGCAAGCCCAAAUGUGCCCAGUGUUGCAAGUCAGACCGGGGCUGCGAGUACGCCCAGCCCGCUGCCCCUGAAGAGGCUUUGGAGACCCGGCAUCGUUCACAGUCGGUCGUGUCGACGGCGGCCGACCAGGAUCUCCCGGACGAUUACCUCCCAGGCCUACCUAACGCAGCUGAGGGAACAACAGACAGCGGAGUCGUAGUCACACCCCCGGUCCCCAAGGACGCCCCAGCAUCAACAGCGACAGCAGCAGUAGCAGCAGCAGCAACCGCUCAUCCGGUCGACUUCGCGACGCCAUUCGUCCCCUCCUUCGACCCGGCGGACCCAUGUGGCACCACACUGGGCGUCGAGGAGACCCUACAGCCGAGCGUCUCGGACGCCGACCUCGGCUUCUCGCCCCUGGCCCUCAGCCAGACGUCCCUGCUCAACAUCUCGCCCUUUGAGUGGUACGACCUGCUCGCCCAGGACGCCAUUAACAACAUCCAGAGACUGAACAGCCUCUCCGGCGGCGAGACCAGGUGGGCCUUUGACGAAAGCACUCUAUCACGGAGGCAGAGUCCGAUUCCCGAAUCGCCUCGGGAUGGGAACGAGGGACCGCCGGGCUUCGGUCAGGAGGAUGCCCCGGUCACCCAGCCCUGGAACACGACCAGCAACAUUGAGUUGUCAGAGAGUGAUCUUGCCUACUUCCGUUACUAUGUGGAUGUGGUCGGCCCCAUUCUCGAUCUCUUUGAUCCAGAGAGGCACUUCUCCAAUGUGGUCCCCCACCUUGCCGUGCGGAAUAUUGGCUUGCUCAAGUCCAUCCUGGCGGUGGCAGCCCGGCACAUGUCUCUUGGUAGUACUGCCAGCAUCGACGAUGGCCCGGCUCCCAGCAACCCCCCUUCGCCGGAUACGAGUUACCCGGGAGGAGGCCAGGCAGAGACCGAGCCAGCUCGGAUGGCCACGCAGUUCUACUACGAGACUCUGCAGUAUCUCUCCCACACGCUGCUCUACCCGUCCUACGCCAACUCCCACGAGAUCCUCGCCACCGCCAUCAUGAUCAGCACCUACGAGAUGUUCGACGCCGACGGCCCCUCGACCAACGGGGACUGGGAGCGCCACCUCCGGGGCGCCUUUUGGAUCCAGCGCUCGCAGAACAACAACGGCGAGUCCGCCGACGGGCUGAGGCGGGCCGUCUGGUGGGCGUGGCUCCGGCAGGACAUCUGGGCCGCCUUCCGGUCCGGCCGCCGGACGCUCACCAUCUUCCAGCCGCAGAGGAGGAUCCGGGACCUCGGCUCGGACGAGCUCGUGACCAGGAUCCUGUUCAUCGCGGCCAAGUGCGUCGAGUACGCCUCCCGCGACGCGGACGCCGCCCCCGUGCGAGACCUGCAGCACCGCCUGAACCAUGGCAACCGGCUCCUGCGGUCCCUGGAAGAGUGGCGUCAAGCGCUGCCGGCCUCUUUUGCCCCUAUUUCCGCCGCCCCCACUCCCGUCCCCGAGACCGCGUCCGCGGCAGGCAUCCCCUUCGCGUCGUCUCCCACGUCGUCUGCCGGCCACUCCAGGCGAGACUCGGUCUGCGCUUCGUCCGUGAAGUCGGCCUCCAAGCAGAUCUUCCACCCCGUCUGGAUCCACCCGCCGAGUCACGCGGGCGCCAUGCAGAUGUACCACUUUGCGCGGGCCAUCGUCCUCCUGGCCCAGCCGACGACGGGGGGCCUCAACGCGUAUCGGCAACGGCAGAGGUCCCUGACCGAGAGCCUCCACACGGUCUGCGGCAUUGCGGAUUCGUGCAGGGACACCGAUCCCGCCAUGGCGUUCGUCAACGUGCAAGCCGUCUUUGCCGUAAGUGAAAACGGCGAUGCUGACGACCCGAUAACAGUGGGACAAUGUGCCCAAGAUAAACAGAAGCAGUCGGAGAUUCUCCCAAUAUUGGACCGAGCGCUUGCUAUCAGCAAGUUUCCUGUUAAGGGGUUGACACAGGCCCUCCGGAGACUCUGGGACGAAGGGGUGUAA